CACCCAAGAAGUGAAAACAUGCCUACUAUCCUUUCAACUACUCUUCUCAAUCUCUUCUUAAUCUCAUCUUUCCUUAUCAUUCUCCUUCUCAGCCCAGCCUGCAAGGCUGACAACAUCUUGUAUCCUGGUGAAACUCUUGGCACUAACAACUAUCUGCAACAUGGGAGCUAUAGUUUUAUAAUUCAAGAAGAUUGCAAUCUGGUCUUAUAUGAUAACGGAAACCCCAUUUGGGCAUCCAACACCGGCGGCAAGUCUAGGAAUUGCCAUUGCACCAUGCAAACUGAUGGAAACCUUGUGGUAUAUGAUCCUUACGGAGUUGCAAUUUGGGCUAGUAAUACCCGCCUAAGCGAAGGCUUCUAUGUUCUAAUCCUUCAAAAGGAUAGAAACGUAGUCAUCUAUGGUGGGGCCAUUUGGGCUACUGCGACUAAUGCACCGGGGAGCAGUGCAAUGCCAGUGGUCACUGUGGUCAGCGCCGCUAAAACCAAUCGCACCGCUUUGGUUAAUGGAUCUGGGACCAUCACAAACAUCUGAGAAGAUCAAUGCAUUGUGCUGAAAUACAUAUUACUUUAUCUAUGUGUGUUGCCUAUGUCUUGUUUGAAAUUUGAAUAAAUUUUAGUAAUAUAUUAUAGUAA